AUGCUUGAGACUUCACCGCUACUCGAACCAGAUCGGGCCUUGUCAGAAUAUGGCGACGAUGGCAGCGAUGGCAACAGCAACCACCCCGAGCGAGCCACGACAUGGAAAACCGAGACACGAAUCAUGAUCGCCAACACAGCGCCCUUGGUUUUGACGUACUUGCUGCAAUAUUUCUACAGUUUGAUCAUUGUGUUAGUCGUCGGCCACAUCGGAGAAGACGAGCUCGCUGCCGUGUCAUUGGGGGUCACCACCAUGAACAUUGUCGGCUUCGCCAUCUUCGAGGGCAUCGCGACGAGUCUAGAUACGUUAUGCGCGCAGGCCUUUGGCUCCGGGAAUCUGAAAGUCGUCGGUUUACAUGUUCAACGAAUGAUAUUGCUGCUGCUCCUUGUCGCUUGCCCAAUUGGCAUGCUAUGGCUCUGCUCACCCUGGAUCCUCGCAAGAAUGAUCCCUCAACCUCAACUGGCGAUUGUGGCGGGGACGUUCCUGAGGACAUCGCUCAUCGGUGUACCCGGAUACGUGGUGUUCGAAGCCGGUAAGCGGUUCCUGCAAUCCCAGGGGAAUUUCACUGCGUCCUUGGUCGUGCUUUUAAUCUGUACGCCCAUUAACCUUGUCCUCAACUGGGUGCUGGUGUUCAAGCUGGGCCUGGGAGUCAUGGGAUCUGCACUUGCAGCCGCUCUGAGCAACGAUUUGCGAGCCAUUCUGCUCAUCCUGUAUAUCGCCCUCUAUCUUCCGGAAACGCACCAGUGCUGGCCCGGGCUCCUCCCCAAGACCAUCCUUCAAAACUGGAUGCCUAUGAUCAAGCUCUCUGUCCCCGGCGCGGUCAUGACACUGGGGGAGUGGUUUGCCUUCGAGCUACUCAACUUCAGCGCCGCGUACAUCAAAUCUGGUGGAAGCACCUUCACAGGCUCAGGGCCUUUGGCGGCCCAAGCGAUCCUUUCGACGACCUCAGUGCUAGUAUGGCAUAUCCCCUUCUCCGGGAGCGUGGUGGCAAGCACCAAAAUCGGACAUUUGAUAGGGAGAGGCUCAGUCGACGCCGCCAAAAAAAUAUCCAAAUUCUAUGCCGCUUUCUUCUCCGGGACCGCCAUAUUCGACAUGAUACUAGCCCUCGCCGCUGGCAGUCUUAUUGCGCGUUUCGGCACCGGGGAUCCGUCUAGCGAGGUGCGAGAUCUCGUUAUGGGGACUCUUCCCUUCGUCGCGGUCUUUCAAAUCUUUGACGCCGCCGUUUGCUGCAUUCAUGGCAUAAUGCGUGGCCUGGGUCGUCAGGCCAUUGGCGGCUGGGCUACGUUCGCAGUCAACUAUUGCAUUGGAGUUCCUUUGGCAUUGGUACUCUCUCUCGGUCCCCCGAUGCUUGGGUUGGUAGGUCUCUGGUCGGGGCUGUCCAUUGGGAUGGCCGUGCUGGCGUCGGUGCAGGCAAUAGUCUUGGGGAUCAUCGACUGGGAAACAUGUGUACUGGAUGCGAGAAAGCGGGAAGAGAGAUGUGAUUAG